CCAAGAUGGCCGAACACUUACAGUGGGGCUAAUCGCUGCUCUCCUUGUAGACAUUGUUAUUCGAUGGUGCUCAGCGCUCACUUUACACAUUUAGAGUACCGGAAAGUCGGACGAGUUUCCCCAUUCGACCUGUCAGGGUUUGAAAUGUCCGUCUGUGUGUGAGGAGAGAGGCUGGUCCUUCUGCGGCCCGCAGCCAGAACAUGGCGGAACACUUGGACAAAAUAUAGCUUUGCUGCUAGGCUGCAGACUCGCUUAUAAUGAAAACACUGCUCCGUAUUCCGCACUUCGUAAACACGGCGUGGUUGUAAUGGGCCGUUAAGGUAUCGGUACUGCUUUAGCAUAUAUACAUGUUUUUUUUUUCUACACUCGUUUUGAGAUAAAUUAGUGUCAGAAUGUUGAACGCAAGCAGAUAGCCUGCUAGCUGACUCGCUAGGACAGCUAGCUUAGCUAACUGGUGUUUGCCUCCUUUUGGUCGUAGCAGUUAUCAGGUGUGAGAGCGCGUCCAAGAUUUUCUACAUUUAUAUGUGUGUGUAUAUAUAUAUGUGAGUAUAUCUCUCCCGUGGUGCGUUGUAUAAGUCGACGUUGCGUAGACACCGACUUUGAAGUAUAAAGUUAUCCAGCGUCGGUAACUAGGAUGAUUAAUUAACGGACUAUGUUGUGGGAAAGUGUCAGUGUGGAGCUGGUGAUCAGCGUUAGCGCGGCACGUCAUUAACGUGACAACAGGUAGCGCGUGUGUAUGUCCAGUUUAGACGGAGACGUGCAGCGGAGAGUCUAACGAGAGGACAAACCCGGUUCUGGGAUUGAAUAAUUGUGUAUCAAGGGUAGAAAAAAACAAAACAAACAAAAACAAACUCCAAGCCUAAAGAGUUUACUCGCAAGAAUGACUGACACUCGGCGACGAGUGAAGGUCUACACUCUGAAUGAGGACCGGCAGUGGGAUGACCGGGGCACAGGACAUGUCUCCUCCGGCUAUGUCGAAAGACUCAAAGGCAUGUCUCUGCUGGUGCGAGCGGAGAGCGACGGGUCUCUGUUGCUGGAGUCAAAAAUCAACCCAAACACAGCAUAUCAGAAACAGCAGGAUACGUUGAUUGUUUGGUCUGAAGCUGAAAACUACGACCUGGCCCUGAGUUUUCAGGAGAAGGCUGGUUGUGAUGAGAUCUGGGAGAAGAUAUGUCAGGUUCAGGGAAAGGACCCAUCAGUGGACAUCACCCAGGAGCUGAUUGAUGAGUCCGAAGAGGAGCGUUUCGAGGACAUGUCCUCUCCUGGUCUGGAGCUGCCACCAUGUGAGCUGUCCCGUUUGGAGGAGGUGGCUGAGCUGGUGGCGUCUUCACUGCCAUCUCCGCUGCGGCGCGAGAAGCUGGCACUGGCACUGGAAAACGAGGGCUACAUUUGCAAGCUGCUGGAGCUGUUCCGCGUGUGCGAAGACUUGGAGAACCGCGAAGGCCUGCAUCACUUGUACGACAUUGUCAAGGGUAUUUUCCUGCUAAACCGCACAGCUCUCUUCGAGGUUAUGUUUUCCGACGAGUGUAUUAUGGACGUGAUAGGGUGCCUGGAGUUCGAUCCGGCGUUGCCGCAGCCGCGUCGCCACCGCGAAUUCCUCACCACAACUGCUCGCUUCAAGGAGGUUAUUCCCAUCACAGACCCUGAGCUGCGCCAGAAGAUCCAUCAGACAUACCGUGUACAGUACAUCCAGGACAUGGUGCUGCCCACACCCUCUGUGUUUGAAGAGAACAUGCUCUCCACCCUGCACUCAUUCAUCUUCUUCAACAAGGUGGAAAUUGUUGGUAUGCUCCAGGACGAUGAGAAGUUUCUAACUGAGCUCUUUGCACAGCUAACAGAUGAAGCCACAGAUGACGACAAGCGGCAAGAGCUGGUCAAUUUUCUGAAGGAGUUUUGCGCCUUCUCUCAGACUCUACAGCCACAAAACAGAGAUGCGUUCUUCAAGACCCUGUCCAACAUGGGAAUUCUUCCAGCAUUGGAAGUUAUACUGGGGAUGGAUGAUGUGCAAGUGCGGAGCGCGGCCACGGAUAUCUUCUCUUACCUGGUUGAGUACAACCCCUCCAUGGUGCGCGAGUUCGUCAUGCAGGAGUCGCAGCAGAAUGAUGAUGAUAUAUUAUUGAUUAAUCUGAUCAUUGAGCACAUGAUCUGUGAUACGGACCCUGAGCUAGGGGGUGCUGUGCAGCUAAUGGGGCUACUGAGGACACUAGUGGACCCCGAAAACAUGCUGGCAACCGCUAAUAAAACAGAAAAGACUGAAUUCUUAAGUUUCUUCUAUAAGCACUGCAUGCAUGUGCUCUCCGCUCCAUUGCUGGCCAAUACCACUGAGGAGAAACCCAGCAAAGAUGAUUUCCAGACGUGCCAGUUGUUGGCGCUAAUAGUGGAGCUCCUCACGUUCUGUGUGGAACAUCACACGUACCACAUAAAGAACUACAUCAUCAACAAAGACAUCCUGCGCAGAGUGUUGGUGCUCACCGCAUCCCAGCAUGCCUUUCUAGCUCUCUGUUCUUUGCGUUUUAUGAGGAAAAUUGUGGGCCUGAAAGACGAAUUCUACAACCGCUAUAUCAUGAGGAAUUUCCUGUUCGAGCCAGUGGUCAAAGUGUUCCUCAACAAUGGUUCCCGAUACAACCUCAUCAACUCGGCCAUCAUAGAGAUGUUUGAAUAUGUGCGGGUGGAGGAUGUGAAGUCCCUGACGGCUCAUAUCAUAGAGAACUACUGGAAAGCCCUGGAGGACGUGGACUACGUCCAAACGUUUAAGGGUCUCAAGCUUCGGUAUGAGCAGCAGAGGGAAAGGCAGGACAACCCCAAACUCGACAGCAGCAUGCGAUCGAUUCUGCGUAACCACCGUUUUCGGCGAGACGCACGGACGUUAGAGGACGAGGAAGAAAUGUGGUUCAACGAUGAAGAAGACAUGGAGGACGGAGAGGCGGUGGUGCCACCCUCGGACAAAAUGAAGAACGAUGAGGACUUGAUGGACCCCAUCAGCAAGUUCAUGGAAAGAAAGAAACUAAAAGAAGCAGAGGAAAAAGAAGUUUUGUCGGGGAAAUCUAGUUUGUCCGGGAGACAGAGCCCCAGUUUUAAGCUGUCCUUCUCCAGCUCGACCAAGCCCAGUCUGUCUUCACCUCCCACAGCCUCACUGCAUCCUGGCUCGCCCGGAUCACCGGGUUCUCCUGGCACCGGGACCAGGAACUCUCCGCCCACGGCAGCUGUCACCACAAAGGGCGGUUUGGUGGGACUCGUGGACUACCCUGACGACGACGAGGACGAUGAGGACGAAGAGGAUUCGGACAGUAAAGAGGAAAGCCCUCCACUUUCCAAGAAAUCAAAGCUGAGCUCCUAAAACACUCCCCCUGCCCAACUGGCACGGUAACGGCCGGAGGGAGCCUUAUCCACAAACUCAUUUCAGCGCUCAGCCUAGAACUCAGAAUUCAACCAAUACGAACGAAUAAACAAAUGAAUGGAUAAAAAGAAUGAAUGCUGCCCCAUAACCCCCAUCAGGAGUCCAAGCAGGGGUUCGCCGUGUGGAAACAGAAAAAAGGGAGAGCAAGAAAGAGAGAAGACGAAUCGGUCCUGCAGCGAAGAGGAGAACGUCUCCAUGCGGGGAGUUCAAGUGCCAAUCGGAGAGACAGAGAGAGAAAGAGCAGAAAGAGAGCGAGAUAAAACUGUGGGUUUGGACAAAUGAGUGAACGGAUUAAAAGAAAUAAUUUCAUCAAACCUAAAAAGUACUCGGGGGGGGGUAACAAAAAAUAAACACCACACGCACAGAGACAGACACACACGCGCGCACACAUGCACACAAAGAGACUGGUGCCCUGUAAAGCGUCCAAGGCUCGGACCAGGACACACUGCCCCCCCCCUCUCAGGGAAGGACGUCACAUGACCCAAACGGGCCAGCCAAUCCUGAACCACCGCUCACCUUCGCUGAUUCCAUUCUCCAUUUCUUUCUCUCCUUCCUCUAUCCCUUUUUUUCCUGGCCCUUUUGAUCUUUUUAAAAAAAAUUAUUUUCCUGUUUUCGUUUCUGGAGCCUGACUGGGGGGAGAGCAGUCCGAGUUAUCAUUGUUGAUGUCAUCGUUGUCCUUGUGGCUCAGCGGAAGUUCUUCCUCUUUCAAAGCCAGCGGUUUCCCCUUUAUUUCUUGUUCUGUUCUUUUCUUCCUCUCCCUUUUUUUAAGUGAAAAAAAAAGACCUGCCUUUAAAUGUUCAGGACGUUUUCAGUCGCACUUGAACAGGUUUUUAAAACCUCAUUAGGAGGAAGAGUUAGUUUUACCCAUUAUUAUUAUUAUUAUUUUUUUUGCCCUUUGAAACUGCAAAUUUUUUGGAAAAUUUGUAAGCCCGUCUUGAUUAAAGAUUGAGUGGAACUCUAGAUGUGAUUGAUUUUUCCCCUCCUUUUUUUGUCAUAUCUUCAUUUUUAUUUUACAUGAGUGUACUCUUAGUUGGUGGGUAUGUUUGGGACCAUUAAAAAGAUUUUUGCUGUAAUAUA